CCUAGAGGGGGGUCUCAACGGCGGCGCCAAAUCUGUCAGUGUGCGGAGGAGAGCGGGGCCGGCGCCAUGGACGAGCUGUACCUGGAGAACAUCGACGAGCUGGUGACCGACCACAACAAGAUCGUGACGUACAAAUGGCUGAGCCUCACUCUGGGCGUUCACAUCAAUCAAGCCAAGCAGAUGCUCUAUGAUUAUGUCACUCGGAAGAGAAAGGAGAACCUGAGCGCGCAGGUGCACGUAACCUACCUGGUGACCGGCAAAUGUCUACAGGAUGGCUACCACUACCACAAGGUGGCGGUAGUGAGAGAAGAGAAGCUGGAAGCUGCAAAAUCCAAGCUCGCCCUGGUGGCCAGCGUCCACGUGUACAGCAUCCAAAAAGCUGUGUUAAAAGACAGCGCCCCCCUCUUCAGUACAGACUAUGACAUCAUCAAGAACAACCUCCAGAACUGCAACAAGUUCAGUGCCAUCCAGUGCCCGGCCGCGGUGCCCAGGUCCCCGGAGGAGAUCGCUCAGCUCCAGAGGUCCCAACCGAGCGAGGCUCCAACCACACCAGCCAUAAAUGGCCAGGCGUCUCCACCUGCUGCCAAACCUGCACCCCAGCCAAAGGGCAUCAUGGGAAUGUUCUCGCGUGCGGCCACCAAGUCUCAAGAAUCACAGAAAGACACAAAGACAGAGGCCAAGGAACCUGCUGUGCCCGAAACCAGCAGCAAACAAUCGGCUAAAUCCAGCGCCAUGAACAACUUCUUCGGAAAAGCUUCUAUGCAUAAAGUAAAGGAGGCUCCUACCACAAGUGAGCCGCUCAAGGAGGAGAAGGCAGCAGCUCCGCAGAUGGAGUUCUCCCCGCCGGAGACCAAGGAGGACAGUGAACCCCCUAAAGCGGCCGCUAAAAGCAAGAAAAGCAAGUCGAAGAGGGUUGAGAUGUCGGACAGUGACGAGGAGCAGGACAAGCUGGUGAAGAAGAAGAAGAGGAGGAGGAUCAAGAAGCCGCAGCCUGACAGCAGUGACGAGGAGCAUGCCGGCCCCUUGCCCCCCGAAGUGAAGACUCCAUCCCCUCCUCCUUCAGAGCCCAUUGUGAAGAUGGAGACAGAACCAGAGUCACAGACGCAGCCCGGAGUAAAGCGGCGCAAACGGAAGCGAGUCUUGAAAUCCAAGACCUUCAUCGAUGCUGAAGGCUCCAUGGUGACUGAGAAAGUGUACGAAAGCGAGUCCUGCACAGACAGCGACGACUUCGCCGCCUCCAAGCCAUCCGCAAAACCGCCUGCAGCCAGCAAACCGGAGACUAAGGCGGAGCCUAAAACCACGAAGAAGGCAGCCGCAGCCAAGGGGACCAAGCAGGCGUCCAUCAUGGGCUUCUUCCAGAAGAAGUGAAUGUGGUACUGCAGCGGCUCUGCAUCGUGUGCGGCCAAGACUGUGAAUAUCCGGCCUGGGGAAAGCUGGGUGCCCUCCAAUACAUUACACUGAAGUGGGCACCCAGCUUUCUCCAGAGUCUGCAAAGUGGAAUCCAGCGCUGACAUCCUCUGCACUGCUGCCUUAAUAUGCAGAUUUUCCUUUCAGGGUGUGGGAAAGCUGGGUGCUGACCCUAUAAUACAGGAGACAUGUCCUGCUGUCAUGGUAUCACGAGGCAGGAGACUGGGACAGCUGGGUGGUGACCGCUGCGUGCUGUAACCUCACCCAGCUUUUCUGCCUCCGCAUCAUAAGAGUUCAGGAACCUGGGAAAGCUGGGUGACAGCCCCUGCGGUUGUGCCGCGGUAGAGGGCGUGCCUGCGCUAAGUUCACCCAGCUCUCCAAGACUCGUGACUGGCCGACCUGCAGAUAGAAUACCACCCCAGCUCCUGGCCGACAGCCCUCGUGUGAGAUGUAAUGGCGUCCAUGUCAGUGGUCACCCAGCUUUCCCAGGAACUGACAAGAGGGCGGCCGCAGGGCUUCUGUUGGCUCUGGGCUGUAAUAUUGUAAAUGUUCUAUUUUUUUAUAUUCUAUGUUGCUGUCUGUCGUGCUGGAUUUUAUAAUCCUUGAGGGUGAGAUCGCCCCCAUGUAUGAAGUGACUGGACCUUCCUACAUUAUGGGCCCCCUUAAGUGUGGCGGUCACCCCACGUUCUGGUUAUAUCAUCCUCUAUGUGGUGUCUAUUAAAAGCUACAGUUCAAGGUGA